UAACAUUUUUGAUAGAUACCCAUUUGUAGCUCUCUCUUUCUUUUUCUUUCUCUCUCACAAUUGUAGGGCUUUUCUCUCUCCUCUCUCCUCUCUCUUCUCUCUCUCUCUCUAUCUAUUCUCUCUUUCUCUCUCAGGUUUCUCUCUCCUCUCUCUCCAGAAGGGCAAAACCCUAAAGAGCCGUUUACACCCACCCAACUCUCUAAUGGAUGAUGAUUCGUUGCGUAACUGGGGUUACUAUGAAGCGUCUUUUAAAGGUCAUCUUGGCCUUCAGCUCAUGUCUAGCAUGUCAGACCAGCGUGAUACCAAACCAUUUCUACCUGGGCGUGAUCCAACUACAGUUAUGGUUAACUCCAAUGGUACCUUUCAUACCAAUCAUCCCAGGGAUUGUGUUGUAUCUGAUGCUCCUGUCCCAAUGAACUAUGGGAGGGAUAGUUGGGUUAAUCAUAGAGACAAAUUUUUGAACAUGUUGCCUCCAAAUACCAACUAUGGUGUUCUUCCGGAAACAUCUGGAGCUCAUUCGAUGCAGAUGUUGCAGCCACCUGAGGCUGCACCGAGGGAUGAGAGGGCGGUGGUAGGUAGAAUUGAAGAGCCUGUUGUUAAUAAGGAGAGUGGCCCCUCAAAGAAAAGACAGAGUGGGGGUGCCCCUAAAACCCCGAAAGUGAAGAAGCCAAGGAAACCGAAGGAGAAUAACAAUGCUGCUCUUGUUCGUGUUAAGCCUGCGAAGAAGAGUAUGGAUGUUGUCAUCAAUGGGAUUGAUAUGGACAUAUCUGGAAUCCCAAUUCCAGUGUGCUCAUGCACUGGAACUCCACAGCAAUGUUAUCGAUGGGGCUGCGGCGGCUGGCAAUCUGCUUGUUGUACAACAAAUGUGUCUGUUUAUCCUUUGCCAAUGAGUACCAAACGGCGCGGUGCUAGGAUAGCUGGUAGGAAAAUGAGUCAAGGUGCUUUCAAGAAGGUUUUGGAGAAACUUGCAGCUGAAGGUUAUAAUUUUGCUAACCCAAUUGAUUUGAGGUCUUAUUGGGCAAGGCAUGGUACCAACAAGUUUGUCACCAUCAGGUAGAUUUACUUUGUUGGUAUCUUUAGUGAGAACUCAAUUGCAUCUGGUAUGCUUCACCUGUAUAUAUAUCUAUGGCCUCUUGCAGAGAUCUUAUGCUCUUCUUUUGUAGUUGUUGAAUUUUCGAUGUUUACUGAUGAUACUUGUUGUAUUUGAAUUGUUCUUUUGUUAAAUUUUCCAUUCGGCAUAUGAUAAGGGGCUGAUUUUUUUGGCCACUAAGACUUUAUGCUGAUGAGUUGUCUUUUACUGGAUCGAUUCUGGAUAAUAUCGAUUCUUUUUCUUUUUAAUUUAAUUCGAUCACAAUUAGCAAUUCAA